CUCCUCUCGUCCUUACUAGGAAGUCACGUAUCUACGUAUGUAAAGCAUCUUGCGAAGUUUCGACAAUUAUGACGAACGGAGUAUAGAGGUAAGAGAGGCCGAGGGUGGAUGGGUCGACAGAUCAGAAAACUAAUGAGAUUCCGUAAAUAACUCUCUCUUAUUUGAUUUCUUCAUCGAUCGAGAUCACUGUUCGCAAAGCCUACAGGCAGUGCGCGGUAGUUGCUUACGAUUUGCCAGAUUUCAAUUGGACGUUCAUUUCAGUUACACAAGCUGUAUAUCUGUAUCGAGCAUUAUGAUGUUUUAUGAAAUUCUCUUUGUCAAUCCGUUAAGGUCAUUGCCUAUAAAACCUAUGGAUAUUUCAUGGUACCUGCUUAUAUAUCUUAUAUAGCCUUAACAGAUUUUAUUCGAAAUUGUUAUUACACAAAUUAACCCAUACAGCGUUAUGGGAUAUAAUACGAGUUCAAUGAUUUCGGCAAUCGUGACUCAAGCAGUGAUAGUUUAUUUUUAUUAUUAAAAAAAAAAGGUCGAAUGUGCCUAUGCCAUACGCCAAGCGUUUAAUAACCUGCGGGUAUUAUCGAGUGCAUUGCACCAGCAAUGAAAUCGGCUAAAAAGAGAACGCGAUAAGCAAUACGCGGUUUAUUGGAGGUUCUGUGUUGUUUUUAACGAAGCGCGUUGAGCUAUGCCAAGGCCGAUAACGGGUAACGGUGAAACGUUCCUGUUUUUUUUUUAAUUAUUAUUUUUAGCGGAAUAUUAAAUAUUGAUUUUUAUUUUCAACCUAAUAUCUGAUUAAGGAUAAGGGACGUUGAUCAAUCAAUAGUACUUUUGUCCAUCGGAUUCUGAUAAGGGAAUGAUAUUUUAUCUCAAUGAAAAGAGCGUUCUUCGUUAUCGUUAUCCAGAUUCUUCUGCCAAUAAAUACACUUCAAAGUUUACGUGCAUUACAAUCGUUAUUGGGUGCGUCUGUUCGCUAUAGUGUCUUUCAAAAGAAAGAAGCAGGUCUAGUUAUUAAGCAGGUUAUAUACCUGCACCUGAUCCUAUGCUCCUAGUGGCCACCCUCAAAGAUUCCAUUGUCUGAAGUCUGACCUACCAGAUGCCUCCUUUAGAUGGAAUGGACCUAUAGUAGAGAAUCUUCUAGGGAAAUUGAAGCAGCGUGCAAGGAUCCACAGGGCCCUAUGCACCGACUGGCACCGACCGUUACAGGACCCAAAAGGGUCCGGGACCGUAGGCGGCUUGCUAUUCGUAGGAAUGCUGUGGGGCCAGAAGAGCUCAGACUGGCUCAGACUGUUUACAUCAAGGAGCCUGUGGAAUCACGCUUGGUUGUAUAGUAACGUGGUGAUAAGAAAGAGACGCCAAAAGAGUCUGUCGGAUAAGGAGAUGUUAAUUUGGAUGGUGAGACCUCAGAAGAUGCUCUUAGUGCUUGGGAAGUGGUUGGAGAUGAGCGGAGUUCAUUUUAUCGGGGCCUGGGGCCCUUUUCAAUGAAUAUUUUGCAGAUAGUAAAUAUUGGGAGUCACGAUAAGUGCUCAAAUACUUAUCUUGACGUGAUAAGGAGGAUAAGUGAAGAGUUUGAAAAAUAUACGAAAGAUCUAGAGGAACGCAAAGCAUGUGCUAAAUCUUAAGCAUGGAGAGCGCCGAGGAAGAAAAUAAUUGCCAGGGUGGGAAACUAAAGAAAUAUAAAGUCGAGGCAUUCAUAAUACCCAGUAUAGUCAUUGAGACGGUUAAAGACGAGACUGCUGUAAAUUGUACAGUGGAGUCCAAUGUCAAUGAGAUCGACGAUGUGAAAAUUGCAAACAGAUCGAAAGUUGACGAGAGGGAAUUCCAGGAGGAGGAAGAUGAAACGAGUGCGACAGGUAAAUCGAAUGAGAUGCUGAUAAUUACGAAAGUUCUGGCUGUUAAAAAUGUACCGAGUGUCCAGGCUGCAUCGCACGAGCAAGAAACUCUUGAAGGAGUAUCUGAAAAUUCAAAUGAUAUUAAAUGUGAAUUGCAUAACGAAAGUUUGACGGACGCUAGCGUAGGCUCGAGAUCGAAUGAGGCAGAACUUGAAGAAAUUUAUGAAGAAAUCGACGAGCCGAUUUAUGCUGUGCCAUAUGUUGAAAAAUCAAAGAAUUCAAGAGAGCCGGUGGACACUCUCUUUAAGCGUCCAGACUUUUUGACUGGCAAUUGUCGAGCGAUGUCAAAGUCAUUUGAUAAUCUGCAGAUUCCGAAGCCACCGAAACGAACGAGCAGCCUGAAAUCGAUUGACGAACGUGGUGAAAUUCACGAGGAGAAUUAUCGUGAAUUUUGUUAUCAUGCCAUGAAAAAUGGGUACCAGAUCGCCACUCAAAGUCCCCAGGAAGUCAGCGAAGAAGUUUUCAAAGAGAAUUGGCUACAACGACUGGAAUCACUCCGGCAAAGAGAAGCUUUCCUCAGGGACAAGGAAGUCGCUCUUCAGGAUAGGGAGAGGCUUCUCUUCAAAAAGGAGAAAGAACUGAGAAUCCUGGAAAGACUCGUAAAGGAGAAGGUCCAGAAGGCUGACUUGUACUUGAAACGAAGCCGCUAUUUGCAGAGCGUCGAGAGUCUGCCGAAUUCCGAGAGUGAGAGAAAUCUCGAAUGUAGAUCAUCUGAGGAUUCUAAAGAAUUUAUCAGGAAAAUAGUAAAAGAUGUUGUGUCUGAGAAAAAUGAUUGUGAUACACAAUUUUCAAACGUGCUGCUCCCAGGAGAAUACGACAUUGUGCCCUGGUGUGGGAAACUCGAGAACCAAUCGGCAGAUAAGUGCGCACGCGCCACUAAAGCGCAAUAUGAACGUAAAAUAUUUCAAAAUUCAUCCGACGACAAAAGGAACGUUGAAUCACGAAUUUCUUCUAGCUGCUCGAGCGAUUCGAAAUCAUCGAAGAAUUCAAGAGGAAGUGGAAGCUGCAAGCUUUCCCGCGAUUCCAGUAUGGAUAAUAAUGAUAGCGCACAGAAAUCUUGUCAUUCUAAAAUGUCUGAGCAUCUCGAAAAAUGUAGAAUGAUUCAGCAGUCAAAGAUGAAAAUUUCUUCCAGUUCGACAGGAACGGAAAUGAAUGAUUUUGAAACUCGAGUUUUGAAAAAUCCUCCAAACUCAAGAAGUUCUCUUACUACUAGCAACACGAAUUCGAUAGAUAUAAAUUCUCAUAGCAGUAAUGGCACGUAUGAAAAUCCUAUAAGCAGAUUCAGCGGUUACAGCAGCUUUAAAUCACGCCCUCGACCGAAAAUUUCUUACGACGAUUUGGAUUCCACUUUAUCAGCAGAUAUCGGAGAUGCGUCCUUCGCUAUAACUUCGAAAAAGUUUGAUCCGGAGAUUUUCAAAAGGCCUUACGUAUUCACGAGAUCAGCCAGUGAGCGAUACAUCAGAAACGAUCGUAGAAAAGGCGUUUCAAAUUUUCCAAAUUUUUGCAUGGCGGAGAAGCGACCUUAUGUCGAUAUAGAGGAAGAGAAGGUAUUGAAGAAAGUCAGCGAAAAUAUUUUAGUCUCGCAAAAUGAAGACACUAAAUUUCAAAAUUAUGGAUUGAUAGACAAAAAUAUAAAUACAAAUAAUUUAAAGAUUCAACAAACAAACAAAACUGACAAUGGCAGCACAAAUGAUAGGAAGUAUUCGUAUUUAAAUUUGGAAACUGGAGAUAAAGUUUCGCAAUGCAAAAAUGAAAGAAGCACAAAAGACAGGCCAAUUUCAUGGAACGCCGAAGCGAGCGAAUGGCUGCAGAAAAAGAGGCAAGCCUAUAACAUGGCCACAAAACGUAUGGCAACUGAGGAUCUUGAAAAUAAGGAAAAUUUCGGUAGCAUCGUGAAAAUUGAAAAAUCUGAUAAAUCUUUAAAGAAGCGAGAAAGUAAAGGAAGAAAGUUUACAAUAUUCCCGUAGUGGAAUAGUACCUAUUAGGGUUCUUAAGUGCCUCCCAAGAAAAUCACUGAAAAAUAAAGUACUAUUAUUACAAGAAUUAGAAACGCAGCACAAAAUUUUUGUAUCACUGCCGAGUUUUAUUCUGCAUUAUU